GAUAGAUAAAAUACGGAGGAAUGAUAAUGAUGCGGUGGUGUCAACAAUUGUUCGCACAUGAAAAGUUUCUAAAAUUCUAUGUACAAUCUAGUCAAAGAAAACGUAUCGUUAACUAUUUGUACUCCUGCAAUGCGGUUCACACUAAAUCGUGCAUACAUAAUAAAUAUAAUAACGAACAUGAGAAAACGUCAACGCAAAAAAUAGUUAAGUCUGUUAGAUUUUUUUCAAAUGAGGGAGAUGAAACGGCACAAUUUAUUAAAGAAUCAAAUAUACAACCAAAACGAAGUACUACAUUUGCUACAAGAUUAGUAAAUAAUUCUCCAGCUAGAGUACAGCCAUACUUAAAACUUAUUAGAAUGGAUAAACCGAUAGGAUCUUGGUUACUAUUUUGGCCUUGUGGUUGGAGCAUAGCCAUGGCAGCAGCACCAGGUGCCCUACCAGAUCUUCAACUUUUAACUAUUUUUGGAAUAGGUGCAUUCAUUAUGCGUGGAGCUGGAUGUAUCAUAAAUGAUAUGUGGGAUCAAGAUAUCGAUGGAAUGGUAGCCAGAACAAAAGAUAGACCAUUGGUUACUGGAGAAAUUUCACCCCUUCAAUCAUUGAUUUUCCUUGGAAGCCAAUUAACUUUGGGAUUGCUAAUAUUGUUACAACUAAAUCUUUACAGUAUUAUAUUGGGUGCAAGCUCACUAGUCUUAGUCAUACUAUACCCUGUCAUGAAAAGAGUAACUUAUUGGCCACAAUUGAUACUGGGUAUGACUUUUAAUUGGGGUGCACUUUUGGGGUGGUCUGCUGUACAUGGAUCAUGCAACUGGUCUGUAUGUCUACCUCUUUAUACUGCUGGAAUUUGUUGGACACUUCUGUAUGAUACUAUAUAUGCCCAUCAGGACAAAGUAGAUGAUGUUAUACUAGGUGUAAAGUCCACUGCUUUAAAGUUUGGAGACAAGACAAAAAUUUACUUAUCUGGAUUUAGUGGAGCCAUGAUAACAGGGUUAAUUGCAUCAGGUUUAUUAAUUGCACAAACUUGGCCAUAUUAUGCAGCAGUAGGAUUAGUUAGUACUCAUCUCGCUAAUCAGAUCUAUAGUUUAAACAUCAACAAUCCUAAGGACUGUUCUAAUAAAUUCAUCUCCAAUCACAGGGUAGGAAUGAUUCUAUUUGCAGGAAUCAUUUUAGGAAAUCUUAUGAAAGAUUCAACACAUAGAAAAGAUAAGAAUACUGUACAAGAUGCAGAAAAAGAGUCUACAUUCAUUGAACUGAAAGAGCAGUAGUUGCUUUACUUUUAUAAGUAACAGUCAAUAAGUAUACAAGUUGUAAUUGUUCAUGCAGACUGUACAUGUUAGGUCAAAACUAAUGUAAAGGCUGGCUCCAGUAAACUGAAAAAACUAGAUUUAAUUACAUAUUGAGUGCCAUGAGAUGACUUUAACUUUCAGUUACAAUUUAAU